UUUACAACUUGGCAGAUUGGAAAUGGACACUUAACCGCAGUAGUAAAAAAACUGUGUAUGGAAUAAAAGAUUACAAGAGACAUUACCAGUGGUCCCCUCAACAUGUCAGACGAACAGGGCCAAAAAAAUGAAGGGUUGAAUGUGAGGGUGACAGAGUCAGAGGAAAAUAGUCCAAGAACCUGCCAGCCCACACAGGCUCAAGCCUUAUGCAUAUCAGCAACUGAAACCAAAUCAGGGGAGCUUCGAAACAUAGAUGCCCCACCAACUGUGACCUCAAGACCGGCACAAAGUUUUCCAUCUACUGAGUUUAAAAACUCCAACUCAGAUAAUACUGCUGUGUCCUCUGUUCAGAAAAAAUCUAAAAAUACCAGUGGCCACAAAAGUAACAUUAAUUUUCCGACACAGUCGCCUCCUAGCCAGCCUCUUAACAAGCCUAAAGGUGAUGUUAAACAGAAGACUCAAACCGUGCGCUCAUACGAUGAUGAGCUUCUUGACGUGAGAGGUAUCAAUCAGCAUGGCCAGAAAACACCUACAGCUAGACAACAUUACCUGCUCUUCACAAGCAAUGCACAUACGCAGCAGUCCAAGACUGGCAAACCUCCUGACAACUCACAGCUGGACCAGGAGCAACAAAGAAGUCCCAACUUCACAAACUAUACACAUAUGCACCACUCUGAGACCAGAGAACCUCACGACGACUUACAGCUGUACCAGGAGCAACAGCAAAGUCCCAACUUCACAAACUAUACACAUAUGCACCACUCUGAGACCAGAGAACCUCACGACGACUUACAGCUGUACCCAGAGCAACAGCAAAGUCCCAACUUCACAAACUAUACACAUAUGCACCACUCUGAGACCAGAGAACCUCACGACGACUUACAGCUGUACCCAGAGCAACAGCAAAGUCCCAACUUCACAAACUAUACACAUAUGCACCACUCUGAGACCAGAGAACCUCACGACGACUUACAGCUGUACCCAGAGCAACAGCAAAGUACACAUUUGUACUUCUCCGAGACUUGCCAGCCUUUUGACGAUUCACAGCUGGGUUGGGAGCAACAUCAAAGUCAAGAUAUUGCAACCUUUGCACAUCUGCAAAUAUGUGCGCCUGCUACCUCGCUGGAAGAGCCAGUUUUACCAUUGUGCUUCCAGUUUAUUUCUCUGGAAAAUGGAGGACUACCACGUUUCAGUAACCUCAUAGUUAUUUAUAAUGAACAAAACCUACCUCACCCAAAUCUAAUGUAAAAAGUGCUAAAAUUAUGAAUGUAUUAUCCUGUGUUUGACUUAUUAUGAUAGGGCAUACUUGUAGCAUUUUGAAUUGUACAAGUAAGUAUGCAGACAUGAAAGAACCAUUUUCGAGCAUUCAAAAUGCAACAAUUCAGUUGAAUUACAAUUUUAACCAGUAAAAAGUUGCAAGUAUGUACACCCACGGCUGAUUCAGGGGCACCAAAAUUGAAUUAUACACGUGAGCAUACUGGAGUAUGCCUAGUUAUGCUCGGGGAUGAGGAAUAUGUAUGCACCUGUUUUAUGGACCAUAGAAAUUGAUAUUCACUUCUUUCUGCUUGCAAACCAGAAUAUUUGUGGACCAACUUUUCACUGGACAUACCAGAUGUCUCUGUGUUUUCUGGAAAACACAGGACUAUCUCUAUGUAACCUUAUUUUAGUUUUAAUUUUAUUUACAUUAUGACCAGAACCUACCUCUGAACCUACAUUGUACCUCUGAACUUUAUUCAGUAAAAAUUAUUUGUUGUUCACUUCAAUGUAUAGUAUAGGGUUAGUCAUAUUUUUAAUAUACAUGUAUAUAUAUUUGCCAUUGAAGAAGAACUAUAUGUUCUGAUAAACUGACCGUUACUAAAUGAUGAUUUCUUCCACUGGAGUAAUGUUUAUUAAACUGAAAAAUAUU